CAGCGCUGCGCAGCUCGAGCCUUCCCCCCCGGCGGCACAGUCCUGCCACCGCCCGGCAGAUCUCCCUCGCGCCCAGGCCAGCCACAUCGGCCCGGCUCCGGUACAGGACAAGCCCCGCCGUCGGCAAGACCAUCGCCAGCUCUGCAACCUCCGCCGCCGACCUCGUACACCGACGAACCUUCGAACACCGACUCGCCCUCGAGCUCCAGCUCGGCGACACCAACUUGCUCCCACCCGGGCCUGUCCGUUGGGCUCAGCUUCUCUUUCGCGUUUUGGACCGCCGUCCGACUGGUUGCCCCAGCUCGCGCCUACACCCCAACUGCCACGACCCAUCUCAUCUACUGAACACAAAUCAACACUCGCACACACAUUCACACAUUUAA